CUCCGCUGCAGCUUCGCCUGCAGGUCUCGCGGCAGGCGAGCUGCUCGGUCGCGUCCUCGGGCCCCAUGGCAGCCCCCGGUUCCCCGACCGAAUGCGGCUACAUCCGGACAGUCCUGGGCCAGCAGAUCCUGGGGCAGCUGGACAGCUCCAGCUUGGCGCUGCCCUCCGAGGCCAAGCUGAAGCUGGCGGGGAGCAGCAGCCGCGGCGGCCAGGCGGCCAAGAGCCUGCGGAUCCAGGAGCAGGUGCAGCAGACCCUGGCCCGGAAGGGCCGCAGCUUCGUGGGCAACGGAAAUCUUCACCGAACCAGCAGUGUUCCUGAGUAUGUCUACAACCUCCACUUGGUUGAAAAUGAUUUUGUUGGCGGGCGUUCCCCUGUUACUAAAACCUAUGACAUGCUCAAGACAGGCACCACCGCCACUUACGAAGGUCGCUGGGGGAGAGGAACUGCUCAGUACAGUUCACAGAAGUCCAUGGAAGAAAGAUCCUUGCGGCAGCCUCUGAGGAGACUUGAGAUUUCUCCAGACAGCAGCCCUGAGAGGGUGCAUUACUCACACAGUGAUUACCAGUACAGCCAGAGAAGCCAGGCCGGGCACACUCUGCAGCACCAAGACAGCAGGAGAUCCACGCUGCUUAUGCCCCCAAGAUACGCUCGCUCAGAAAUUGUUGGUUUAACCCACUCUGGGGCCGUGAGCAGACAUCGCCACUAUGACACUUACCAUCGACGGUACCAGUACGGGUCUGUUAACGAUUCUGUUGAUGGUGCCCCUGUCAACCCGCUGGUGUUCAUGUACCCCAGGCCUGGGACCAGCUACAGCAUGGGCAACCUCUUAGAGAAGGAGAACUACAUGACUUCAGGGUCUGUUGCUGGGCAGGUGAAGCCGCUGGUGCCCCUGCAGCCCAUCAGUCAGAACAGGGUCAAUCGGGCCUCCUGGCAUCAGAGCUCCUUCCACAGCACCCGCACGGUGCGGGAAGCUGGGCCCAGCGUCACUGUCGAUUCAGGCGGGAGGAGGACGCACAUGACCGUUGGCCAAGCGGCCGCAGGAGGAAGUGGGAACAUGCUCGUGGAGAGGAGCGCUUUCACUGACUCCCACCUUGGGAAUGCAGACAUGGAGAUGACUCUGGAGCGAGCCGUGAGCAUGCUCGACGCCGACCACGUGCCACCGUCCAGGAUUUCUGCUGCCGCUACUUUCAUACAGCAUGAGUGCUUCCAGAAAUCUGAAGCGCGGAAAAGGGUUCAUCAGCUUCGCGGCAUCCCCAGGCUUCUCCAGCUCCUAAAAGUCCAGAAUGAAGAUGUUCAGCGAGCCGUGUGUGGGGCCUUGAGAAACUUGGUCUUUGAAGACAAUGACAACAAGCUGGAGGUAGCUGAGCUCAACGGGGUACCUCGGCUGCUCCAGGUGCUAAAGCAGACCAGAGACUUGGAGACUAAAAAGCAAAUCACAGGUUUGCUGUGGAAUUUGUCUUCUAAUGACAAACUCAAGAAUCUCAUGAUAACAGAAGCCUUGCUCAUCCUGAAUGAGAAUAUCAUUAUCCCCUUUUCGGGGUGGCCAGAAGGGGACUACCCCAAAGCGAAUGGUUUGCUUGAUUUUGAUAUAUUCUACAAUGUCACAGGAUGCCUAAGAAACAUGAGUUCAGCUGGCCCUGAUGGGAGGAAGGUGAUGAGAAGGUGUGAUGGACUGAUUGACUCACUGGUCCAUUAUGUCAGAGGAACCAUUGCAGAUUACCAGCCGGACGACAAGGCCACAGAGAACUGUGUGUGCAUUCUUCACAACCUCUCCUACCAGCUGGAGACAGAGCUCCCAGAGAGAUACUCACAGGGUAUCUAUAUUCAAAACCGGAAUAUCCAGACUGACAACAACAAAAGUAUUGGGUGUUUUGGCAGUCGAAGCAGGAAAGUAAAAGAGCAAUACCAGGACAUGCCAAUGCCAGAGGAAAAGAGCAACCCCAAGGGUGUGGAGUGGUUGUGGCACUCCAUCGUGAUACGGAUGUAUUUGUCCUUGAUCGCCAAGAGUGUCCGAAACUACACUCAGGAAGCAUCCUUGGGAGCUCUCCAGAAUCUCACGGCAGGAAGUGGACCAAUGCCGACGUCAGUGGCUCAGACAGUUGUCCAGAAGGAAAACGGCCUCCAGCACACCCGAAAGAUGCUGCAUGUUAGUGAUCCAAGUGUGAAAAAGACUGCUGUGUCCCUGCUGAGGAAUUUGUCUCGGAAUCUUUCGCUGCAGAAUGAAAUUGCCAGAGAAACUCUGCCUGAUUUGGUUUCCAUAAUUCCCGACACAGUCCCAAGUACUGACCUUCUAAUCGAAACUACGGCCUCUGCCUGUUACACGUUGAACAACAUCAUCCAGAACAGUUACCAGAAUGCCCGGGAUCUUCUAAACACUGGGGGCCUGCAGAAAAUCAUGAACAUCAGCGCAGGGGAUGCCUGUGCCUCCAACAAAGCCAGUAAAGCUGCCUCUGUUCUCCUGUAUUCUCUGUGGACACACACGGAGCUCCAUAACGCCUACAAGAAGGCUCAGUUCAAGAAGACAGAUUUUGUCAACAGCCGGACUGCCAAAGCGUAUCACUCCCUUAAAGACUAAGGACAGUGAAGAAGCGCCCUCAGAAAUGCCAGCCUCGCCAUUCUCAGCCACAAAAAUACCCCAAAGGAAAGCACCUAUUUUUCUACUGCCCAGCCCAAGAAGCCGCAAAAAAAGCAUGCCUUGUUUCUAUCCUUUUCUAUUUCCAUGGUCCCCAGAAUUCAGAAAACAAAUAAUCAGAGUAUAAUUUUAUUGGUCUUCCAGAAGACUUUUGCAAGUUUGCCACCAGUAGAGACUGGCAGCGGGCUUAAUUCAACCUUCUCCAAAUAGUGGUCUUUGUGAUCAGGGCUUACAAUGCAUGGCCUCCUGGAACCACAAUGUGAAUUCAUGUGGAAUGGACAUUAACAGAAUAAAUAAGGAAGGAAGCUGUUGUAUUACUAGGAUUUUAAAAGUUUGAUUUACAUUUUUAUUCCCUUUCUGGUUUCCAUGUUUUGUCACUCAUAUGCACGUCGCUUCACCACUGAGCCACGAGUGUGUUGUCCUGCUGUGUUGAAACAGAAUGGAAACGACGAGAAAUAUUUGAAAAGUUGUCCAGGAGAAAAUUUAAUGGCAAAGUUAUAUGUUUCUUUGUUUACUUUGUGCUUGUUUUUAUCCUCUUGAAUUUUUUCUCUGAUUUUAAAUGAACUAAUGAAAUUUAGAUCACAGAGCAUGCAUGACUGUAAGGAAAAGAAAUUGAAAGAAAGUGAUCAUAGCAAACUUAAAAAUCUUUUCCACAGGGAAAGACAACUAUGGUUGUGAAAUUCAAUGUUCCCUCUAAACGCUGAGUAAAUGCAAUUUUCUGCCCAAGGAAAUACGUUACCUGUAACACCACUGUGAAAUGAAAAUCUCUUCUGAAUGGUGGCAUUCAGUGUAACUAUUUCCUGGACUUUUUCAGCCACUGCAAUGGGCUGGUGAAAGAACAGACUCAACUCUUUAGCUACAAAAGGAAGAAAGGCUUCUCAAACAGCUGGGCCAGCCCAGGGCACUGAAGACACAGCUCAUUUUAAUGAAUUAUGUUAUCAACCAGCCCAACUUUGCUCAACAUUUGAAAAAAUAGCACAGAGCCACUAACUCUGAUGUGAUCUUCCUCAAACCAUUAUUUUAAGUCAAGGGAACUCUAUAGAAGAAAAAUGAAGAAGUUAUGUUGAGGAAAAAUGUGUCUAGACCACCAAGAAAUGGUGUGAGAGAUACUAAUAUUUAAAAGUUGACACCAUCAUCUACUGAAGCGAAUCUAUAUUGUUAUUUUAACUGGGCCGUGAGUAAUAUUCAUAUAGAAUUAGUCUUCUCAACUACAAUUUUGUUAGUAUAUUUUGCUUUUCUAAAAAAUCUGACAAUGUUUGUUAUAAGAAAGUAAGAAGAGAAAAAUCCUUCAGCUCCUUUUGGCCAGAUAGGCGUAAUAGAAAAUAAAUUCCCAUUUUCAGUUUGAAUGUGUACUUAAGGCUUUAUUAUAUUUAGAACUUGAAAUUUUUUCCAUUUUAAAAGCUCAAUGAAGAAGACUUAGUUUACUAACCUAGUUCAAAAUGAAAUUAUUUGGAUACCAAUUUUUAAAAUACUGAAGAGAGAAAUUAUCUCUUUUUCCAGAGUUUUGAUGAUAAGCAUUUGGAGUAUUUAUUCCUCCAGAUAACUGAUGUAUGUUCCAGAACUUUCUGUAUUUUUUAAGACAUUAGUAGAAUCUUCAAUAAUGUUACACACAAAAUGAGGCAAAAAUAACAUUGCCUGCAUUGGUAUCUGUGUAUAUCUGAUUUAUUUGUAUUUCUUGGUAUAUGUGGUAUGAUUGACAUGACAUCUGAGGAUUUGACCUUAUAAACUUCAACUUUAAUUACUAAGGGUUUGAUGCUUUGUAAUUGCUUUUGUUUCUUCUCUAAUUAAAAUCCUAAAUUCUUUACCAAGAAACACUUCCUGUAAGAAAGAUGUGAGUAGCUAGUGACUAAAACAUGUAAAAAUGGAGAGACAUACAAAUGCAUUAGCUAUUGUUGGAUUUUAGUAAAUUGAAUGAGUCUGUGCCCACAAAAAGAUAGACUGUGUUUGAUCCCCAUGUUCUGCUUUAUCCACUCUGUUUACACAAACCUCACUACGUCACUAUCUGUGAAUACCUCUAGGGGAGGUCCUUGUGUGGUUGAACAUCCAUUUUGAUCACAGGUCUACACACAAAAUUCCUUUUUUGCCUGUGUGUCCCAGACUGUGCCCAUGUCUUCAAAGGAACUGAUGGGCUGAGCUGGGCCUUUUUAUUUAUUUGUGCUGAGUUCCAAAGGGCUGCUGCCUUGUCACAAAUUCUUAAUGGUCUUCUGGAAGAUGGGAGGUUGCUGCCCUGAAUUUCUAUCACUGGAAACAUUUGUUUAUACCUGAUGGAUAUAACCAAAGGGUUUUCUGACAAGAUGAAGAGGGGAUUAACAUGUCAAAUGGGAAAACAAGCAGCAUGAGUAGAUAAACCACUUUAAAACCAAUUUAAUCAGCCUCUGAAGAAGCAAUUCCCUAGAAGAAAAAAGGAAAUGGGAAAUAUGUAUAAACUUAAAUAUUUAUUUAAUAUAUAUAUAAUUUAUAUAUACUAUAGUUAUAAAUGAAAUUUCCUUGAAAUGAGAUGUGUAAUGAACUUACUGCAAUGGAAUGAGGAGGACUUUGGUAUGUGUGGACUUUGAACCAAAUUGCAGAAGCCUCGAAUCGCAGAAUCUGAGGAUUAGGAGGGAAUUUAGAGGGUAUCUGGUCAAGUCCUCCUUGACAUAUCUUCUUGCAGCAGAAAAGACUCAGUUCUUAUUAAAGCGACAGAGAAAAAAAAAUGCCCUCCUUCAGUCAACUAAUGCCCAGCAUGACCCUGUAACCAGCCCAUCUUAAGACUCAGUAACUGUUGCAUUAAAGUAUUUGUUGUGGGAAGGGAAAUAGGUUAAGAAGGAAACAAACUUUUCAAAAUAAAAUUCUACUUUAGUUUAACGUUUUAGUUUAUAGGGAUGCUGACAGUUGCAUCUCUUGUGAAAUAAAUGUCAACCUCUUAAGGACUAUAAGAAAAAGGAAAACUCUCACUUUUUAUGAUAUAUUCAGGAAAGAGAGAUCAAAAUGCCACACGUUGGCAGAAGAGUUGUUUAGAAUAAGAGCAAGCAGGGAAAGUGUUCUGAAAGCCACAGUCUGGGAGACAGUUAAAGAAUCCAGAAAUAUUUAGCCUGGAAGAAAGGUGCUAUGUCACUUAUCUUGAAAUAUCUGGAAGAACGUUGUAUGGAAGAUGACACGGUCUUAUUCUGACGGAGCAGAGGACAGACAAGGGUCAGUAGGCAGAGGCUUGUGAGACCAGCUUUGACUGAACAACAGUGGACAUAGAUCGAAAACGCCUCACAGCCUCCUCAUGACGCAUACACCUUUUUCUUUUUCUUUUUCUUUCUUUACAUUUUCCACAUGAAAAUAACCUGAAACAGAGAGAGGUUAAGACACACUUUAAAGUCACAUAGCUAGAAAGUGCAGAGGGGCCGUAUGAACCCAGGCGAGAUGGCUCCUCGCUAGGGGUUUCCUGGGAACCAAGAAUGAAAGAUUCGUGUCUCCGUGCUGGGGAAAUGCGAGGAUCUCUGGCUUGUCUCUCUUUGGAGAGUUUAGGGGCAGUCUGGCAUGAUGGUUAAGAGGGCUGAUUCUAGAACCAGCCAGCCUGAGCUCAGAUUGUGACUUCUUCCCCACUGACCAGCUGGAGUGGGUUUCUUACCCUCUGAGCUUCAGCUUUCCUUCUCUGUUAUAUGCGAAUGAUAAGACUAGUUACCUUAUGUUGUUUUGAGGAUUAAAUGUUUUCAUAAUUAUAAGCACUUAACAGUGCCUGGCAGUAUGUACUCAAUAAAUGCUAAUAACUAAUUUAUUUGUAGUUCUCUGGUUUGGGGAUCUUUGCUUU